AUGGUCCCCGACCCCAGGCGCGACCCCUCACUCCGAGUCCAGAUGGCAGCCCCCCAGCCCCCAGCCCAGAGGCGCUCUUCAGAUCCCAGACACAGCUCCCGACCCCAAGCGCAGCACCCCCAUCCCCGACCCCAGGCGCGACUCCCCACUCCGACUCCAGACGGCCGCCCCCGCCCAGCUCAAGCGCGUUUCCCUGACCCCGGACGCGAUCCCCCAGACCCUACGCACAGCAGCCCCAUCCCGACCACAGACCGGACCUCCAACUUCAGGCGCGGUACCCCCAUCCUCGAUCCUAGGCGCAUUCUCGGCGGCUCCCGACCCCAGGCGCUGUUCCCCGACCCCCAACCAGAGACGCGUGGACCCCUGAGCCCCGCCGCGUUCCCCAGCCCCCAAGCCCAGGUCCCACCCCAAGACUCUGGGCGCCGCCUCCGAACCUUAGGCGGCAGCAGCCGGAGGCGGAUGCACCCGGCGGAGAGCCGCAGGGACCCCAGACCCCACCGCGCGACGGACCGCAGCGACCCGGCCCCGCCAGGGACACACCCCGCGCGCGCCGCCGCUGCCGUUCCUGCAUCUCCCGUGUACAGCAUCGCCCCACGCCCGCUGGCUCCCCGUGGUCCACACCCCAUCCUGCGCGCACAGGGCCCCCGGCCCCUCGUCCCGGCAGUCUCCCCACUCCCACUGUCGCCUUCACCCCACCACUCCUGGCCCGCGCACUCUGCGCGCCCUGACAGCGCCCUGUGCGACCCUGAGCUGGGCCCCCGGAGGAGUCGGAGCCGACAGGUCCUCCGGAUCGAGACAGCUUGCACAGGCUGCUCGCGCUCGCACUUCACUCAUUCACCGGCUCUGACCCCCCGGGCUGGGUGCUGA